UUAUUUAGCAGCUAAAGUUUGUAGAAUAUGGAAAUCUCAUUUAUCUGGCAACAAUGGUUUAUUGCACAAAAUAUAUAUUUUGUUGCUUUCUCUGUUCUUUUACUUAUUCCUAAAGUUUUUAAUAUUUUGUUGAUUUAUUUCUUAAAAAUUUAAAAAAGAGUGAAUUACUAAAAACUCUGACGGAAACGUAUUUUUAAGUUAAACGCAAUAUCGUAUUAGUUUUGUAAAAAAAAUUUAGAUACGAUAAAUACGAGUAGACCGACCAAGUACAACGGAAGUGAAAACGUAUAUUAGAAUAAAAAUAGAACAACCUCUUUUCAGUAUUCUAAAGUUAUUUAUGCUCGAGAUUAACAGUCAGAAAGUUAAUACAACUAGUGUAAUGGCUCAACAGAAUGAAAAAGUAAGCAACACAACCACAACUUCAGAUGUGUUGUCAACUAAUGCAAGCAAAAUGUUGGAAGCAGCUCUGCAGCAAAUGGAUGGCAUAAUAUCAGGAAAUAGCAACUUAAAUGAUUCUGCUGAUGGUAUAAAAUCUUUGGUUAAACCCAGUACGAUAAUUAAGGCGGAACGCAGUUUGAUUUCAGUAAACAAUGUGUUGUCAACAGCAAAAACACUUGCACUAGCUCUUCAGCAGGUAGGAUUGGCUGCACCUGUGCCAGAUUCAGCUACAGUAGCCGUGAUAAGUGAUUGGUUAGAAACACAUAUUCCUCGCCAAGAUGCCGAUGAGCGACUAAGAAGAUUACAGAGGGACAAAGAAGCAUUAGCUCUUCAGUAUCAACUCCUAACCGAUCGUGUUUCCGACCAAGCGGAUAAAAUUAUUGAAUUGGAGGGUCUUCUUCAAGAAAAAACACAAUUAUUAAGUGAUAGAGAUGAACAAUUGCAGCGUUUAAUGCUUUCGAGAUCAUCUUUAGAAACUCAAAAAUUAGAGUUAAUGUCAGCUCUUAGCGAGCUGAAGCUUCAUAGAGCAGCUUUGGAACGUGAAAAUGUAGAGCUGCGUGAGUGGGAAAGCAAAAACCAUCACGAUAGCCCUAUUAAAUCAUUAAACUCUAAGCGAAUUCUCUUUGGUAGUAUGGGUAAUUUAAAUCAAAUAAAUUUCAAUAGUAACGAAAAUGUCAGAUCCCCUAAAACGCCUCCUGUGUCAUUACGUCAUCAGAUACAUCCCCAAUAUCACAGUUUACCACGGGCUCGGAAUAACAAGCAUAAUAACGACAACAGUCACAGCAAUUUAAUAAAUUCGGAAAAUAAUCACCAAUUUGAUAGAAAUGCAAAUAUGCAGCGACAACGUAAUGUGGCUUUUGCAUCAAAUGAAAAAAUACUUAUUGGGGAUUCGACUGGGUUUUUUUCUGGAACCGAACACGAAGCACUUGAAUGUCGGGAGGAUGCUACAUAUUGUAUAUCUUCACCUAACAUUCGUGAAAGAUCAGCUAAAGGAUUAAAAGGUAUUUUAGGGAAAUUGAGACGAAGUAAUAGUGGAACAUUAGAGCUGCCAGCUAUAAAGAAUGUAGAAUCAGCUUUUAAAAGGGGAGGUAUCACACGUGCCACUGCGGGUGGGCGAAUUGAAUGGAAUACUCAAUCUCCUCAGCCUUCAACUCCGGCAAAAGAUUACACCGAGUGGUCUACGCAAGAAGUAUGCAAUUGGCUGACGGAUCUCGGACUUGGUUGUUAUUCUGAUGAUUGUAGAAAGUGGUUAAAUGCCAGCACCAACAUAUGUUUUUUCACCGCCUCUCCAGUAGAUAUAGAGCGGGAGUUAAAUCUGAAAUCAUCUCUUCAUCGAAAGAAAAUAUUAUUAGCAAUUGAUGAACUAACAGGAAAAGAAAAUGAUCCACUAGCUUUGAAAGCUGCAGAACUAGAUGUUAGUUGGGUGAUGCGUUGGUUAGAUGAUAUUGGUUUACCCCAAUACAAAGAUCCGUUUUUAAUGGCAAAAAUUGAUGGAAGAAUGCUUCACCGUUUAACAAUGGAGGAUUUGGCCCAUUUGCAUGUCUACUCUUGUUUACAUAUAGCGUCACUCCGCUGUGGUAUUCAAUGUAUGCGCGAAGUGGAAUGGAACGCCGAGUGCCUCAUUCGACGCUCGGCCGGAUCGGCACGCCCUACUUCAGACGUAGAUGUUCACUCCUUAGAAGAAGACGAGAAAAAUUUAGAAGAAAAUACGGAGAACAUAUCUUUAUGGACUGCACAUCGGGUUAUGGAGUGGCUGAGAGUUGCAGAUUUAUCAGAGUACGCACCCAAUUUAAGAGGUGCUGGCGUACAUGGUGCACUAAUGCUUUAUGAACCACGUUUCACUGCCGAUCUAUUGGCAGAUUUGCUUAGUAUACCUCCUAGUAAAACUUUAUUACGGCGACAUUUGGCUACACAUUUCAAAGAAUUACUUGGUCGUGACAUAAUACAAACUAAACGGGACAUUGAAUCAACUCCGGGUUAUCAACCAUUAACAAUCACUUCUAAAAUAAAGCCACCAAAAAAGACGCAGUUCUCAUUAAAACGAAGGAAAAGUAACAAGGGAAAUGGAGAUGUGGAUUGGACUGAUUAUGUUUGCCCCAUGUCCUCCUGCCUGCUCAACAACGACCAAGAUAAGUCACUUUCACUGAGUAAUUCAAGUAGCUCAGGAAGAUGCUCUGGGAAUAUCAGUCAGUAACAGGAUACAUAUUUACACCUGUUUCCUCGAAAUUGGGGCUACAUAACCGAAAUGGAAUGUUGUCGUUCGGCACCAUUUACACAAAACUAUUAUGGGAAUUUUUAAUGCCGUAACGACAAGAUGCCUUUUCUCUAAGCUUUAGUGCUUUGACGCUAACUUUUAUUUUGUUUCCGUUAUAUUCUUAUUUAGAUUUUAAACGCAAUAUUUCAGGCGUACUAUAAUUUACUAUUUAUUAAAAAUAUUUAUAAGGAUACAUUAACUAUGGUUUCAUUCUUGGCUAUUAAGGUUACUUACCAUCAAUCUUAUAUAUUUAACAAAUGUAUCAUUUCCAGUGCUUUUUUCGUAUAUUUUCAAUCUAAAAUUUUUAUUUUUAAUCAUACUUUGUGUUGUUAAACUAGUUUUUUGGUUUUGCGCAGACAUUUAACAAUUAAAAUGUCUUCCAAAUAAAUUUUAUAGAAUUGUAUCAUAUGCGACGGAAUAUAAAAUAAGACAAAAAUAUAGUAUUGAACAUAAAAUGCCUUAAUAAGCAUUUAGUAAACCUAAUUUCAAUGACGUUCACUUUGUAAUCUUGUAAUACUUAUACAUAUACAUAUAUUAUCUACCAAAUAAUAAAAUACGAACGAAAUAGUUAAU